AGUAGCCAGCGCGGACGGUAAAGCGCUGAAUUAUCUUGCGUGUUAUCCCAAAUAAUUUAAAUAACAUAAUCACAUAUGUAUCGUUAGAAUAUUCAAAUUUCUUAAAUUUGUAUGCUCUGCUCUCGAUAUAUUAUGAUGUGGUGACAUUUAAUUCAUAUAGUGUAUUAUACUGGUUGUAAACAUAACCUGUAAACAUAACCUAUAAAUACAAUCAGUCAUUGGAGUGACACGUGAAAUAAAAUUUAAUUUACGCAACCCUUUGUUUUAAAGAAUAUUUAAAUAGUGUAAAUAGAAGUGAUUCUGCAUCGGAGUCUUAUGUGUAUAAAAUUUGGUUCUAUAUUAUAUCGAGUAAAUAUUUAAAAUGGACUUGAGUACUGCAAAGGGUACUAGAUUUCCCUUCAUACCAGGGACAAAACCUUCCAUAAAAAAUUCACAACUUCUUAUUUCAACGGGAAUACAUUCUUUGGAUCAUGUAAUAGGCGGUGGAUUACCUAUUGGUUCUCUUUUUGUCAUUGAGGAAGAUCGAUACGGUACAUAUGCAAAAGUUAUGUUAAAGUAUUUUAUGGCAGAAGGUGUGGCCACGGCUCAGCCAUUAUUUGUAGGAUCCAAAGAUGUUAGAACAUCACAGUUGAUGUCAGAGCUCCCAGCUGUUACAACAGAUGCUAAGUCGAUUAAUCAACCUCAACAUAUGGAUGAACAAAUGAAAAUUGCUUGGAGAUAUCAGAAUAUGAAAAUAAUGGAUUCAUCUCCAACUGGAGGACAAGCUUUCGGUCAUUUUUAUGAUCUUACAAAGACAAUGGAAAAAGACGCGAUUGAAAAAGCGGAUAUUGCACAGUGGUAUGACGAUAGUUGUCCCGCGAAAGAUUCUAUAUUUGAGAAUUCAGCUUAUUCAAAAAUAUUAACGUGUGUUCAAGAAGCCUUGAAGAAAGGACAAUACUCGGUUUCAGAAACGCCUACAAAAAGACAAGUUUUAAGAAUUGCAAUACAUUCCUUAGGAUCUAGAUUAUGGUUUAGUGAUUCCAAGGAAACGUCGCAACAAGAUUUGUUAAAAUUUUUAUAUUUCUUUAGAGCACUUUUAAGAUACUCUUAUGCGGUUGCGGUAAUAACAGUCCCUGUAGAAUGUUUAGAUAACUCGGAUGCCGUCGUACAACGAGUGGAACAUUUAUCAGAUAUAGCGAUUAGAUUAGAAUCGUUCAUAGGGUCUCAUAAAGAAACAAAUCCGCUGUUUAGGGACUAUCAUGGCCUGUUGCACCUUAAAAAGUUACCCGCCUUGAACACAAUAGCGCCCCAUAAUCCAGAUUCGCGAGAUCUUGUAUUUAAACUGCGUCGUAAGAAAUUCGUCAUCGAGGUUUUACAUUUACCGCCCGAAUUUGGGGAUACAACUCAACGAGAACAAGACGAAACACCACAGGCUGGAUGCGCUAGUCAAUCGCGUAAAUCUUUAUUAGAUUUUUGAAAACAUUCUUCGAUGUACAGAAAUAUUUAAUACGGAACUUUAUAUACAAUAAAUAGAUGAAACUUUGUGUAAAAUUGGA